AUGUAUCCGUGGAUCGUGCAAACGAACAACAAUGGGAAAGAUACAAGACGUUUAGUACCGGAAGAAACUUCAUUUGAACCGCAAACAAAUAUUAUUGAUAAUGAACACACAGCAAUUAUUUCCGAGAACAAUGACAUAUUAGCAUUUUCCGAAGAACCUUAUAAUGAUCAAAAUAGUGUUUAUAACUCAUCUGAAAUGCCUGAUGACAGUGGUAUUUUUGAAAAUACCUUUUUAAUCACAAGCGAGUCACCUAUAAAACCAACACCAUCUCAUUCAUCUGAAAUAACUGGUAGACGAAUAAUUAACUUACUGCAUUUUAUAAAACAAAUCCAAGAAAUUGAUCAUACACCGUUCUCAUGUUCCUUCAAAGAUAUGCUACUUGAAAGUGAGCGUAGACAUGGAUUUAUGUCAUCAUUUAACUUCAAAUGUCAAAUGUGUAAUAAAAAAUGUGUUAUUGAAACCGAAGAUGAAAAAUCAAAUAUGAUUAAAAUCAAUACAGCAGCUGUAAUUGGAAUUGUUAACACUGGUGGUGGAUAUGGACAAAUAAAAGAAAUUAUGACAACAUUAGAGAUUCCCACAAUGAAUAAUAAUACAUAUAAUAAAGAACAUGAUAUUGUAUGUGAAAAGUUCGAAGAAGCUGCAACACAAACUAUGUACACUGCAGCUAAAGAAGAAGCACGUUUAGCUAUUGAGGCGGGUGAUGUUGACAUAGAUGGUGUACCUCUUAUAGCUGUGGUGGCCGAUGGUAGUUGGUGUAAGAGAUCCUAUAGAACGAUGUACAAUUCGUUGUCUGGAACGGCAGCUAUAAUUGGUUAUCGCACCAAAAAAGUAAUUUUUUUGGGGAUUCGGAAUAAGUUUUGCUGCAUGUGCGCUAAAAAUAAAAAUGAACCGAAAAAACACGAAUGUUGGAAAAAUUGGAGUAUGAAUGACAGUUCAGCGGGUAUGGAAACUUCAAUAGUAGUGGAAGGAUUUCGAAAAAGUGAAGAAAUGUAUGGAUUGAGAUACCAUAAACUUAUAGCAGACGGCGACAGUAGUGUGUACAAAAAAAUACUUGAUGCAAGACCGUACAAAAAUAUAACUGUCGAAAAGGUAGAAUGUCGUAAUCACCUCCUUCGAAAUGUAUGUAACAAACUAAGAGAGCUAACCACUAAAAAACAAUCAGGACAAUUAGUACAUAGAAAACUAUUAAGUUCGCGAAUUUUAAGAAUACGAAAAGGAAUCAUAAAAGCCAUCCAAUAUCGUAAAUCGAAUUGCCAUUCCAUAAAUGAUUUACGAAACGAUAUUUAUAAUUCAAUAAAUCAUGUUUUUGGUAAUCAUUCAAACUGUGCUUCGUAUUUUUGUGACAAACCAAAAGAAGAUAUAAAUUUAUUAGAAAAAAUACAGCAUACUGACAACGACUUUUAUGUAAAUAUGAAUAGUAUUAUACGGCAGUUAGGUAGACAUAGUAAAAGCUUAAUGCAAGAUGUAGAUAGUAAUAUUGUUGAAUCGUAUAAUUCGAUUAUUGCCAAAGUCAUUGGAGGUAAACGUGUAAAUUAUGCAUUGAAAAGGUCGUAUGUUGGCAGAUGUUAUGCAGCAACCGUUGCGAAAAAUUCUAGAAGGCCGAUAUAUUCAAUGUACAAAGUAAUUAAUAAAAUAAGUCCAAACCCAAAAAUGCAUUCAAUAUUAUAUGAACAACGUAAAUUACAAAAACAAGAACGUCAGAAUGAGCACCGUCGACAAAACAAACGGUUUAAAAAAAAAUUAUUUGAUGAUCAAAAAAUAAACUCUUCAUAUGGUGAGGGUGCCGAAAAACCAGAUAUGGAUGAAAAUGAAUAUUCUGAAGAAAAGAAACAAUUUUUAAAAUUAUUAAAAGAAUUGGCAGAAAAGCGUGAGUACAUUGAAAAAGAGACACGAAAUCAAUUCAAUUCAAACCUUUGGAUAGAAACUCGACGAAAAUUAAUAACAGCUUCGAACUUUGGACAAAUAAUUGGACUUCGUCCUCAUACAGGUUGUGGAAACACUAUAAAAUCUCUCAUAUAUUCAAAUACUAACACUCCAGCAAUGGAAUAUGGCCGACAACAUGAGUCAAUCGCCAAAUGUCAAGUUGAAAAAGAAUUAAAAAUUAAAAUUACAGAAUGUGGCUUAUUUAUUCAUCCAGAAUAUUUUUAUUUAGGUGCAACGCCCGAUGGUUUGAUUGGAAAUGAUGGAAUUUUGGAAAUCAAAUGCCCAUCAUCUUCAGAAAAUAUGACACCAGAUGAAGGCAUUAAAAAUGGUAAAAUUACAUUUUGGAAAAAAGAUAAAGAAGGCGUGGCUACAGAAAUAAAUAAAAUCCACAAAUAUUAUGCACAAGUACAAGGUCAAUUAUAUAUAACCCAAAGAGAAUAUUGUAUUAUUGCAUUCUGGACAAAAAAAGGAUUGAAGACAGAAAAAAUUUUCAAAGAUGAAAUAUUUUGGAACGAAAAAAUGUUACCAAAAUUAAGUCAGUUUUAUUAUAAUUGUUUACUGCCAGAGCUCAUUGAUCCAAGAUAUCCUAGAAAUAUGCUGAUUAGAAAUCCUGAUUAUAUAAUUGAAGCACAAAAAGAGUUGAUAGAAAAAAAAAACUUAAAUUGUUUAAUAAAUAAUGUUAUGUGAUAUUUUAUGUUUUUUUUUUUUAUUACAAAGUGUUCCUGACAUACAUGAUCAUCAAACUCAUUGAGAAUAUAAUAACAGUUUUGACAUUUUUACAAUUGUUAACGCAUAAAAUUAUUUACAAACAAUUACAGCAAAUUACAAGGAUUUACAUUGAUAAAAAUAAUGGUGCAAAUAGAGUAGAAUAAUAAAAUUAAUUAUACAGGUAGGUGUUGUGUAUAUAUAUAUAUAUAUAUAUAUAUAUAUAUAUAUGUACAUAUAUAUUAUAUUUUCUUUUUUUUUAUAUAUUAUAUUGGUGCUGUGAUAGGGCAUCGUGAGGGCGUCAAAUAUUUUUAUGUUGAGUUGUACAUUAUGUAUAU